CAAACUGAAUAGAUCAUAAAUAUAUAUACUAAAUAUAUAUUGUAUAAUUGAAUAAUAGUGGUCAUUAUUGUCGCAUCCCUUUGGAAUAUAGUUCAUAGCUGUCUCAUCACCUGUAUUUUGUGACUAGUUUUCACUGCUAUAAUGUCGUGGGAGGAUGAUGAGUUCGAUGUUGAUCUGAAUGACAGCAAGAACUUCAACAGAGGCACAGGUUUCUCCGACGAGGAGGAUGAUGGCGUAAAGGAUGCCUGGGAUGCUGACUCUGACACAGAGAACAACCCAGCAGUAACGGAGACGAAAACAACAGUCACAACCACAAAGAAGAAGAAAGGAUUGAAACAAAUACUCAAAGAGAAGGAAGAGAAGAAACAGAAAGAAUUGGAGGAGAAAAUGGCGCAGGCUGAAUUGGAGGCUGAUCCCGAAGAUGAGAAACGACAAAGGCAAAUACUCGUGGAGCAGGCGGACUUGGACUUGGCAAAGGAUAUGUUCGGUGGUGUGGAAGAUACGCCAGUGGCUGUGAAGGAAAAGGUGGACGAAAAUAGUAUUGAUAAGGCUAAUCCCAGGAACCGGUCUCAGUUUGACAAAUUUGCUAAAAAUAUUUCUGCGAGGCUACGACAGUACGAGGACACUCCGUUUUACCUUUCGAUGGUGGAGCAGAUCGCAAAAGAGUUGACAGAAAAUUUGGAUUAUGAGGACACACGGAAAGUAGCACAGAUCCUGAACGUAUCAGCCAAUGAUAAGCAACGAAUUGAGAAAGAGAAGAAAAAGGGUGGUAAAAAGAAAAAGGGUGCGACGAUGAAAAUGGAACGAGGAAACGAUGACGGUUCCAGAGGCAGGUUCGAAAAUGAUAUGGAUGAUUAUAUGUGAUUAGGUUUGCAUCACCGUUGUCUCUUGGCUCGUGAACGCCUACCUUCAAUUCUGCGUCAAGCGAUAUUUGUCACGUAGUGGCUGGCCCUCUAAUAAUUUAAAUGCUUUAAUAUAAAGCGAUAGUGAAUUAUUGCGAUAGUGCCCGGGCACAUCUACAAUUAUUUAUUUUAACAAGUCUAACGUUGGGAGAAUUUUUGAUCAAUAUUGUUUGGCUGGAAACUUU